CGCUCGCCAAGGCACAAAUGGUGAAUGUGGACUUGUAGGCUUUCCCUCCUUCCAUUCCUUUCUUCUUGACAAACUCAUCACACACUGCCUUUCCCUCCUGUUGUCUCCUGUCUGCCGCCGGGGGAUCCCCACUGCGCUGCACCGACUGCCCACUCUCACACGCUGUGGUGAGAUUGGCGGGCGACCAGCCUACAACACAGCAGUCCCCUCAGGAUGAGCAGGAAAAGCUCUUGGAUGAAGCCAUACAGGCUGUGAAGGUCCAGUCAUUCCAAAUGAAGAGAUGCCUGGACAAAAACAAGCUUAUGGAUGCUCUAAAACAUGCUUCUAAUAUGCUUGGUGAACUCCGGACUUCUAUGUUAUCACCAAAGAGCUACUAUGAACUUUAUAUGGCCAUUUCUGAUGAACUGCACUACUUGGAGGUCUACUUGACAGAUGAGUUUGCUAAAGGAAGGAAAGUGGCAGAUCUCUAUGAACUUGUACAGUAUGCUGGAAACAUUAUCCCAAGGCUUUACCUUUUGAUCACAGUUGGAGUUGUAUAUGUCAAGUCAUUUCCUCAGUCCAGGAAGGAUAUUUUGAAAGAUUUGGUAGAAAUGUGCCGUGGUGUGCAGCAUCCAUUGAGGGGUCUGUUUCUUCGAAAUUACCUUCUUCAGUGUACCAGAAAUAUCUUACCUGAUGAAGGAGAGCCAACAGACGAAGAAACAACUGGUGACAUCAGUGAUUCCAUGGAUUUUGUACUACUCAACUUUGCAGAAAUGAACAAACUCUGGGUGCGAAUGCAGCAUCAGGGACAUAGCCGAGAUAGAGAAAAAAGAGAACGAGAAAGACAAGAACUGAGAAUUUUAGUGGGAACAAAUUUGGUGCGCCUCAGUCAGUUGGAAGGUGUAAAUGUGGAACGUUACAAACAGAUUGUUUUGACUGGCAUAUUGGAGCAAGUUGUAAACUGUAGGGAUGCCUUGGCUCAAGAAUAUCUCAUGGAGUGUAUUAUUCAGGUUUUCCCUGAUGAAUUUCACCUCCAGACUUUGAAUCCUUUUCUUCGGGCCUGUGCUGAGUUACACCAGAAUGUAAACGUGAAAAACAUAAUCAUUGCUUUAAUUGAUAGAUUAGCUUUAUUUGCUCACCGUGAAGAUGGACCUGGAAUCCCAGCGGAUAUUAAACUUUUUGAUAUAUUUUCACAGCAGGUGGCUACAGUGAUACAGUCUAGACAAGACAUGCCUUCAGAGGAUGUUGUAUCUUUACAAGUCUCUCUCAUUAAUCUUGCCAUGAAAUGUUACCCCGAUCGUGUGGACUAUGUUGAUAAAGUUCUAGAAACAACAGUGGAGAUAUUCAAUAAGCUCAACCUUGAACAUAUUGCUACCAGUAGUGCGGUUUCAAAGGAACUCACCAGACUUUUGAAAAUACCAGUUGACACUUACAACAAUAUUUUAACAGUCUUGAAAUUAAAACAUUUUCACCCACUCUUUGAGUACUUUGACUAUGAGUCCAGAAAGAGCAUGAGUUGUUACGUGCUUAGUAAUGUUCUGGAUUAUAACACAGAAAUUGUCUCUCAAGACCAGGUGGAUUCCAUAAUGAAUUUGGUAUCCACAUUGAUUCAAGAUCAGCCAGAUCAGCCUGUAGAGGACCCUGAUCCAGAAGACUUUGCUGAUGAGCAGAGCCUUGUGGGCCGCUUCAUUCAUCUGCUGCGCUCUGAGGACCCUGACCAGCAGUACUUGAUUUUGAACACAGCACGAAAACAUUUUGGAGCUGGUGGAAAUCAGCGGAUUCGCUUCACAUUGCCACCUUUGGUAUUUGCAGCUUACCAGCUGGCUUUUCGAUACAAAGAGAAUUCUAAAGUGGAUGACAAAUGGGAAAAGAAAUGCCAGAAGAUUUUUUCAUUUGCCCACCAGACUAUCAGUGCUUUGAUCAAAGCAGAGCUGGCAGAAUUGCCCUUAAGACUUUUUCUUCAAGGAGCACUAGCUGCUGGGGAAAUUGGUUUUGAAAAUCAUGAAACAGUCGCAUAUGAAUUCAUGUCCCAGGCCUUUUCUCUAUAUGAAGAUGAAAUCAGCGAUUCCAAAGCACAGUUAGCUGCCAUCACCUUGAUCAUUGGCACUUUUGAAAGGAUGAAGUGCUUCAGUGAAGAGAAUCACGAACCUCUGAGGACUCAGUGUGCCCUUGCUGCAUCCAAACUUCUGAAGAAACCCGAUCAGGGCCGAGCUGUGAGCACCUGUGCACAUCUCUUCUGGUCUGGCAGAAACACGGACAAAAAUGGGGAGGAGCUUCACGGAGGCAAGAGGGUAAUGGAGUGCCUAAAGAAAGCUCUAAAAAUAGCAAAUCAGUGCAUGGACCCCUCUCUACAAGUACAGCUUUUUAUAGAAAUUCUGAACAGAUAUAUCUAUUUUUAUGAAAAGGAAAAUGAUGCGGUAACAAUUCAGGUUUUAAACCAGCUUAUCCAAAAGAUUCGAGAAGACCUCCCGAAUCUGGAAUCCAGUGAAGAAACAGAGCAGAUUAACAAACAUUUUCAUAACACACUGGAGCAUUUGCGCUUGCGGCGGGAAUCACCAGAAUCCGAGGGGCCAAUUUAUGAAGGUCUCAUCCUUUAAAAAGGAAACAGCUCACCAUACUCCUUUCCAUGUACAUCCAGUGAGGGUUUUAUUAUGCUAGGUUUUCCUUCCAUAGAUUGUGCCUUUCAGAAAUGCUGAGGUAGGUUUCCCGUUUCUUACCUGUGAUGUGUUUUACCCAGCACCUCCGGACACUCACCUUCAGGACCUUAAUAAAAUUAUUCACUUGGUAAGUGUUCAAGUCUGUCUGAUCACCCCAAGUAGCAUGACUGAUCUGCUAUUUAAAAUUCCUGUGAUCUGUAAAAAAAAAAAAAAAAAAAAAACCCACAAGCACUUAUCUUGGCUACUAAUGAAGCUCUCCUUUUUUUUUUGUUUGUUUGUUUCAUUGUUGAUCGUGUAUUUUCUUCAUUACUGGGGAGUACUAACCCAAAAGUGUCUGUCUCUUUUGUUCUUUAGUCCAAUUUGAGAUUAAUUUAGAAGAAAGGAAUACUGUAUGUGAAAUUCAGCUUGGGCUUUUCCCUAAAUUGCAAGAUAAGGCCAUGUGUAAGAUUUUCCCUAAAACUAGAAUAUAUUAAUGCAUGUUUGAGAAUUUUAAAGCACCAUGGUCAAAAUGAGAAGUUAUAUUUUGCAUAUUUGGACUCAGCCAUCCAUUAAGAACCUGUGUUGUCCUCUGGACAUAUUUAUCAAUAUAAUUCGGUUUUAAAUAGUAUAAAAGAAAAUUUGUGAUCUAUAUAAUUUAUGUAUCACCUUCAUUGUAAAUUUAGCAGGAAAUGCAUCACAAUUAUGAUUUUUUUUUUUUUUUUUUUUUGCACCAGUGAAACAAUAAAGUUGCUAUUAACAA